AAUAUUACAAUUUCAUAUAUUUUCCUAAACCAAUGCUUACAUAUUUUUAAAUAUGUUAUUAUAUACCAUAAUUGGUAGUUAUGUUCUUACAUCAUUACUUCUUAUUAAAUACCCAACAUUGAUUCACAAAAAGAAAAAAAAUUAAUUUGUAUGUCGUCACAUAAGUCAUAGAGGUGGUGCUGGUGAAAAUUAUGAAAAUACAAUGUGUGCCUUUGAACGUGCAGUAGCUGCAGGUACUGAAAUGAUAUAAUUAGAUUGUCAUCUAACACAAGAUGGACAUGUAGUUGUUUCUCAUGAUCAAAAUUUAUCAACAAGUACUGGAAUAGAUAUAAACAUUUCUGAAAUAAAUUUUAAUGAUUUACCACUAUUAAAAUCAAAAUUACCAAUUCAUUUUGAUCCAGGUAUGGAUUGUCUAUAUAUAUACUUUUAUAAAAAAUUGUUUGCAGUUAUUGAUUAUUUCAUUAUAGGUGUCAUCUAUGCUGGUUCCGAUAAAAAAGAGGAGAGGAAAUUUGUGUUAUUAAAGGAAGUUUUUGAAGCUUUUCCUCAAAUACCCAUUAAUAUUGAUAUUAAAAUUACCAGUGAUGAGCUUAUAUUUAAAGUUUCAGAAUUAAUAAAACACUAUAAUAGAGAGGAAUAUACUAUAUGGAGAAACUUUAAUAAUGAAAUAACUAAAAAGUGUUAUAAAAUGAAUCCUAAUGUAAAUUUAUUAUUUUCUAUGAAAAGAGUUAUAUUAUUAAUAAUUUUUAUGUACACUGGUCUUUUACCAUUUAUUCCUCUAAAGGAAACGCAUCUUGAAAUAUUUUUACCAUCCAUUUAUCUCCGAAGAGAUCAUCAAAUCGAACAAAUUUUUCCAAUGAAUACAAUUUUUUUAGGAACUUUGAACAUACUAUUAAUGAGACCAUGUUUGUUUAAUCAUUUACAAGCUCGUGGUAUACAUAUUUAUUUUUGGGUUUUAAAUAAAGAAGAUUUUCAAAAAGCAUUUGAUCUAGGAGCCACAGGUAUCAUGACUGAUUAUCCAACAAAAUUGAUGUUAUUUCUAAAAAGCAAAACAACCAAAUAAUUUAUAAGCUAAUGAACUCCAUAAAAUGAAUUAAACUAUACAUUUAUAAUU